AUGUCUGUGCUAGCACACCACAAACCGCGACAGCUGUGGAAGCCCCGGGCGGGCGUAGAUACCCAGACUGAUCGCUUCCGGCGGUUUGUCAAUCAACGACGAGGUGUAAAUCUUCAAGACUACCAUCAACUGCACAAGUACUCAUGUGAUGACGAUUCCGCGCCGCAAUUCUGGGUCGACUUGAUCCAUUUUGUCGAGCUCAAAGCAGAGGGCAAUCUGGACUACGCGAUUCCUGCCGGCCGCUUACCCUUGUUCCCACCACCAGAAUUCUUCCCCGGCGUGAAACUGAGCUUUCCGGAGAAUCUGCUCAGCGGGAGACCGCCGAAGGAGAUUGCAGUGCAUGUGGUGCAAGAGGGCGGAACCGACAUCAAGGACUACACAUGGGGCGAAUUGUAUUCCAUGGUGGAGCGUGCAGCAGACGCACUGAUCUCGCUGGGUGUGAAAAAGCAUGACCGCGUGGCAGCCGUCCUGUCGAACCGGCUCGAGACGGUCGUGUUAUGCCUGGCCACCCUCUCAAUAGGAGCCAUCUGGUCGUCCUCGUCCCCUGACAUGGGCGAAUCUGGAAUUCUAGACCGCCUGACCCAAAUCAAGCCCAAGAUCGUCUUCGGAGAAGCGUCCGUCGUCUUCAAAGGCAAAGCCAUGGACUUGGCGGCGAAGAAUGCGGCCAUUGUGCGAGGUCUCGAGGGAUUUACAGAGUUCAAGACCCUGGUCGUCCUCCCUCCUCAGGGCCAGGAAGGCGGCGCAAAGAAAAACAACAACAGUGGCGGCCGUCAAGUUCUUAGCUAUGAAGAGUUUCUCGAGCAUAGUAUAGGAAGGCCGCUAAAAUUUACCCGACUGCCCUUCUCCCACCCUGGAUUCAUCGUCUACUCUUCAGGCACUUCGGGUGCGCCAAAGUGCAUAGUUCACAGUGCUGCGGUAUCUAGCCUCUCUUUUCCCAUUGGAUUCAACCCAUCUGACAGUGCACAGGGGCUCCUUCUCUCCGUCAAAAAGGAUGCUUUCCUCGCCUUCGACGUACAGCCCGGCGAUGUGGUGUUGCAGUACACAACGGCAUGGUGGAUCAUGUGGGCCAUGGUUCUUUGCGGACUGUCUUACGGAGGCAGAACGGUGAUAUAUGAUGGCUCGCCACUUUACCCAGACAACCUGGUGCUUCUCCGACUGGUUGAAAAGUUGAGAAUCAACUUGUUGGGAAUCUCGCCCCGGCUUCUCCUCGAGAUCAAGAAGGCAGGCCUGGUUCCGCGGGAUAUGUUGGACUUGUCCUCACUCCGCACCGUUACUUCAACGGGGAGCAUCUUGAACGAGGAACUAUACCUGGCCUGUUCACUGGUCAGCGGCAACCCGACAUUACCCAUGCAUGCCGGGGAGAUUCAGUGCAAGUGUCUCGGGAUGGCGGUCGAUAUUGCUCAAUCCGAUACAGCACAAUUCGAGUCCAUCGAGAGCACUGGAGCUGCAGGACAACUCGUUACCACGAGACCGUACCCGAGCGAGCCCCUCAAAUUUUGGGGGCCUGGGGGACAGGAGAAGUACUACAGCUCCUACUUUGAGCAAUUGGGACCGUACGUGUGGUGGCAGGGCGAUUUCAUCCGACGUUCCCUGGAGACUGGAGGUUAUGUCGUGCUCGGUCGAUCCGACGGCGUUCUGAACCCUUCUGGGGUGAGAUUUGGCUCGGCCGAGAUCUAUGAGGUGCUGGAUAAGAUUCCUGGCAUAGUCGAGUCGAUCUGCGUCGGCCAGCGACGACCCACUGACCAGGAUGAAGCUGUCAUUCUCUUCCUGGUCCUGGAGCCAGGAAAGACAUUGACCAGCGAGUUCGAGCACCUCAUCAAAGACUCGAUCAAGCGAGAAAGAUCUCCGCGACACGUCCCCAAAUACGUCUUUCCGGUCUCAACGGUCCCGUACACGAUCAACGGCAAGAAGAUCGAAAUCGCAGUCAAGAAGAUCAUCAGCGGCGAAAACAUUGUGCCUUCAGGCGCGGUGGCCAAUCCAGAAUCCUUUGCCGAGUUCAGGAAAUUUGUCAAUGCUGAAAAGAUGUACGAGGAGCAGUGCCGGGAGCGUCAACAAAGGGCCAAGCUAUAG